AUGCUGUCACACCUUCAAACCCAACAUCCCUUUCCAUGGCUGCUGCUCUCGGGCGGGCUGAGCCCGUGCGGCGUGGCAGAGGAAGAGCUAAAACAGCGUGAAGGGACAGCGUGGUACCAAGUCACGCCUAACCGUGGUGUUGUGUCUGUGUUCCCUGUGCAGGCUGCAGGCGCAGAGAGGAUCACCUACUCCAAGUUCAGGAGCUCCAUUAGGAGGAGGCUGUGGGCGCGGGCGGUGGCGAGCAGCCCGGCGCUGGCAGGAUGGCAGCGGCUGCAGGCAGAGCCGCACGGGGCCUCCGCGUCAGUGACAACUCGGGAGCCCAAGAAACUCUCCAUCACAAAAACUGUUGUGACUCUACCUAGCAGUCAUGCUGCAGCAGGCUUGGAAUGGAGACAUAACAGAGACAGCAAGAGAACUGAAAUGAAAAGGGAGCAGAAACAUCCUUCUCAGCUUCUAAUGGUCCAGGAGGCUAGAUGUAGCAGUCUGGAAAGUGGUAUUGUGAAGGUGUGUGAAAAUACCAAUUGCAUCUGGAAAGGAUGCCGAGGGGGGCCCCAAAGUGAGUUUAGAGCUGUUACCAUCAUGAAGCCUUCCAUGCCAUUGGAGCCAGAAGUGAAACUUCAUAUUAGUGGCUUGCGCAAUGAUUACUAUCUAAACAUACUGGACUGGAGCCUUGAAAAUCUCAUUGCUAUUGCUGUAGGACCUGCUGCACACAUCUGGAAUGGAGGAACUCUUCAAGCCAUUGAAAGCAUUGACUUGAAUUCUAGUUCCAAAUACAUUUCAUCUCUGGCUUGGAUAAAAGAAGGAACUUGCCUUGCAAUUGGCACCAGUGAUGGUGAAGUGCAACUGUGGGACAUUGAAACCAAAAAGAGACUGAGAAAUAUGUUUGGUCACCUCUCUGUAGUUGGAGCUCUGAGCUGGAAUCAUUAUAUUCUAAGUAGUGGUUCAAGAUUAGGAUCUAUUCAUCACCAUGAUGUUCGGGUUGCUCAGCACCAUGUUGGGACUCUUUGCCAAAACAAACAGAGCAUUUGCAGCCUGAAAUGGUCACUAAUCAACCAGUUGCUGGCAAGCGGGUCAAGUGAUGGUAUAUUGAAUAUCUGGCCUAGUGAUCCUGGUGGGACAUUGCAGUCAAAGCCACUGAAAACCAUACCUCAUUCUUCAGCAGUUAAGGCUGUGAACUGGUGUCCUUGGCAGUCCAAAGUCCUUGCUACAGGGGGUGGAAUGAAAGAUGGGAUUUUGCGUGUCUGGGACAUAAAUCGUGAGAAAAUAAUCCAAAGUACAGCUACAGACUCUCAGAUUUGUUCAUUGCUCUGGUUACCCAAAACCAGUGAACUGAUGACUGGACAAGGUCUUCCGGGAAAUCAGAUGAAAAUAUGGACAUAUCCCAUGCUUAUGAAUUCAUCAGAACUCUAUGGUCACAAAGGGAGAGUCCUGCAUAUAGCGCUGAGUCCAGAUCAGAGCAGGCUUUUUUCUGUUUCAGCUGAUGGGAUAGCUUGUCUGUGGAAGUGCCAUGAGUAUGGGGAGAGCAAGCACAGCAGCAAAGCAUUUUCUAAUGGUUAUCUGAACUAA